AUGCUGGCCACCGAGAGCUCGCCGCCCGGAGGGGCGAGAAAGAUGCUGAAACCCUUGGUGGAGAAACGGCGCCGGGACCGGAUCAAUAAGAAUCUGGAGGAAUUGCGCCUACUUCUCCUGCAGAAAACCCACUGCCAGACCCUGAAGAACCCCAAAGUGGAGAAGGCGGAGAUCCUGGAGCUCGCCGUGAGAUACCUGCAGGAGAGGCAGAAGGCAGCAGAAGCCCAGGGUGCGAAUCCUUCUGAAGAUGGCGGUCUGCAGACCUGCUACGCCACGGGCUUCCGGGCGUGUUUCGGACACCUGGCCUCCUUCGUCCGACGAAGCCCCCUGCCCGUCCAGAGGCACCUGUGGGAGACGCUGGGCCUGUAUCUCGCCUCCACGUCGGAACCGAAAAUGACUUUUUAA